AUGUGGCUCAAAUUGAUGUUGGCUGAAGUCAUCACAGAAAAUCCGCGUACGGUUUUCGAUGUCAGUAAUCAUUAUACGGUAGUGCUAUGUAUCACCUACCUUCUAAUAGGUUCUGCUUCUAUUCUAUUCAACAUUUUCAACAUUUACGUAUUUGGACGACGGGAAUCACUUAGGAAAAAGUAUAUUGUAUUCAUUUUCCUCGAAGCCGCCGAAGUCGUGAAUGGCGUCGCCUACAUAAUGACCGGAGUUGGUCGACUGAACUCGAUUGUCAGUGGCAUUUCAAGGAAGCCAAUCACUGUAGAAGACUGUUUUUUCACAGUGGGUUCACACUACUAA